CGACGUUAUCCACCCCCUACGGACACCAACAAAUUGGACCUCGUCGCCGAGUGCCUCACAUGUGAUUGAAACAUACUCCGUAUAUAUCGGAACCCAUCCUCGCCAGAGCCAACUCAUCGGGAACCAGUCCUGCACAGCUCAACCAUGUCCGCCACCGCAGUCCACCCAGCGUCAACUUCGAAGAACUUCAUCCCGAAAGACAUAUCGGGCUCUCCGAUCCCUCACAGCCAGCGAUGGUUGUACUCAACGCCGGCUUUGGUCAACGGCAAACUCAAGUCCGUCAGUGGCAGUGCCAUUCUAAUUGCUUUAUAUGUCCGGUUUAACUCGUCUGCGGUGGGUCGAAGAUUCUACGACUACUUGGACGAUACGUACGGCGAGUUCACUGUCAACGUCUGGGGCACAUUCAUCAUCACCACGGCGUUCUUCUGGGUUUGGUCCGCCGUCUUCGCAAUCCCGGAUCUCACAGGCUGGCCGCAGUGGCUGUUCAAGUACAAAACGCAGCCAUUCAUCAGAGUUAGCGAGCAGGAAUACACCCGAAUUGCGCUCAUAGGGCUUCGCAACCAGAUCGUGGCUGUGCUGCCAUUACUAUACCUCACCAACGUGCUUGGCCUCUCCAAGCCAGUCGGGACCUCUUCACUCCCCUCGCCGAUACAGGCUGUUGCAACCGCUUUGUUUGACGUAUUCUGCACGGAGAUGGGGUUCUACUACGUACACCGCGCGUUCCACUCGAAGCUACUGUAUCCUCUCUUUCAUAAACAGCACCAUGAGUUCACCGCGCCCGUCGGACUGGCCUCGACGUACUGCACCCUGACAGAGCACGUCUUCUCCAACCUGCUGCCAAAUACCAUUGGAAGCAUGAUCGUACCGCACCACUGGUCUCAAUACACCUUCAGCUACCUGUUGCUAACGUUCGGAACCAUCUGCGCGCACUCCGGGUAUAACACGCCGUGGCUUCCGUCAAACCUGCAACAUGACUUUCACCAUUUUGCGUUCAAUGAGAACUUUGGUCCGACGGGUCUCUUCGACUCAAUACACAGCACCAACGGGAAGUUCAAACGAACUCUGCGGGAGGCGAGACUGCGUGUUGGUGGCGAUGACGAGAAGGCUAGGCAGCUGGUCUUGGGGAACUUGGCGGCCAUUGACGUCAAGAAGGAUGAGGCACCACUGUAGUUGUAAGAUUCAGGAGAUUCAGGGCAGUGGACUUGAUAGAGCAAGCAUGGCGGGCAUUCGCCUAGGCAUACAGUUAAACAGGAUAAACGGUUCAUGGUACUUCUGGAAUAAGAUGCAGGCCAUAACCCAUGGGAGCGAAUCUAUGCGCCAAGUUCAUUUGUCUGCACUGAGAUAAUGCUGGUGGUGGAAAUUCCUGAUUUCAGCAAGCAUUUAUCGGUAUAUGAGCAAUCCUUGAAAUAUAAUGAACAACAUUCAUCGUGC